GAGUAUGUUGAGGAGUGGAUUCGUUAGGAGGUAUGCUGCUUGACUUGGGAAGUAGGGGUUGUGUGAGAGCCAACAUUUGAUUUUGUGUGGUGGAAGCUCCCCCGGAAGAGUGUGUUUCACUUAUGGUAGACGUAGCGUUUAAUAGUGCACAAAGUUGUCAUAUGGGGAUGGGAGGGGUGCUCAAUGACUCCUCAGGUUCGUGAUUGAACGGUUUCUUAACUCCUCAGGUUCGUGAUGGAACGGUUUCUUAGCUGGUGCUAGUGGUGGAGAUCCCUUUUCUGCUGAGAUACAAGCUCUUACACUUUGUUUGGUAGGAUAGAGAGAUAGAGAAGAGAGAGGUUGAGUAGAGAGAAAUAUGUGAGAGAUAGAGUAGAUUUAUUUGUUUGUUUGGUAUGGUAGAGAUAAAAAAGAGAGAUAUGAGAAAUAAUGAUGUGGAAGAGAGAGAAAAAGUUGACUUUUAAUUAAAAUAAUAAUUUUAAAUAAAAAAGUAUCUCAGAUGCGAUGCAAAUAGUGGUGUGGUGUGUUGUGAUAUAAGACAGAUGAGAGCAUAGUACAUAACUACGGACAUGGCCGUACCAUACACCAUGAAAGUGAAAGGAAACACAUGCACCCUCCGAAAUUAAAUUCUGAUUCUUCUUUCCCUCACAUUCUAUAUCCAUUUUCCAUUAUUCAACUUAGUCAAAGGUAACUUAUACAUACAUACAAUGAACCCACUGAAACCUCGUUGCAGUUGCAGUUGCAGAUUACUACUUCGCACUCUCUCCAAACCCACCCAUCACCCUCUUCUCCACCUUCGUCUCCUCUUCCUCUUCGUUCCCACCUAAACAAAAAUUCAAACCAUUUAACUUCAACUCAAUUUGACCUUAAAAUCUCCGAAGAAGAUCUAUUCAUGUUCUCUGAAUCCGUUUUCUGUCUCUUGACAGAGGACCUGCUCAUCAGAAUCCUCGACAAGCUCGGAUCCGAUCGGAAACCAUGGCGGCUCGUGUGCAAGGAGUUUCUCCGGGUCGAGUCGUUGACCCGGAACAGUGUUCGGAUCCUCCGGAUCGAGUUCUUGCUCGGGUUACUUCAGAAGUGCUGCAAUAUUGAGACGCUGGACCUCUCGUGGUGUCCGAGGAUCGAUGAUGGGACCGUGUCGGUUUUGCUGAGUCAGGGAUCGCUGAGUUGGACUCGGGGACUACGGAGGCUGGUGCUGAGUCGCGCCACCGGGGUGGGGCAUGUGGGGUUGGAGCUGUUGGUUCGGGCGUGUCCGCUGCUGGAGGCGGUUGACGUGUCGCACUGUUGGGGGUAUGGGGACAGAGAGGCUGCUGCGCUAUCGUGCGCCGCGAGGUUGAGGGAGCUCAACAUGGAUAAGUGUUUGGGGCUCACUGAUAUUGGGUUGGCCCAAAUUGCUGUUGGGUGUAGCAGGUUGGAGUCAUUGAGUUUGAAGUGGUGUUUGGAGAUUUCUGAUCUGGGUAUUGAUCUUCUUUGUAAGAAGUGCUUGGAAUUGAAAUCUCUGGAUGUGUCGUAUCUCAAGGUAACGAGUGAAUCUUUACGAUCAAUAGCUUCUCUAUUAAAGCUUGAGCGCUUAAUUAUGGUGGGAUGUUAUUUAGUGGAUGAUGUUGGAUUGCGGUUUCUUGGAAAUGGUUGCCCACUACUUAAGACAAUUGAUGUAUCAAGGUGUAAUUGUGUUAGCUCAUCUGGCGCAAUAUCUGUAAUUACUGGACAUCACGGUCUUGAGCAAAUGGCUGCAGGAUACUGCCUCUUUGAGUUUUCAGCUCCUCUUGUUGAUUGCUUGGAGACUUUAAAGUGUCUGAGCAUAAUUAGAAUUGAUGGUGUUCGAGUUUCUGACUUUAUCCUCCAGACCAUUGGGACCAAUUGCAAAUCUCUAGUAGAACUUGGUUUAAGCAAAUGUACUGGGGUGACCGACAUUGGAAUUACGCAGAUAGUAUCUGGCUGUGGGAAUUUGAAGAUGAUUGAUUUGACAUGUUGUCGUUACGUCAGUGAUGCAGCCAUCUCUGCAAUAGCAGAUUCUUGCCCAUACCUUGUUUGUCUGAAGUUAGAGUCUUGUGACAUGGUGACUGAGAAUGGUCUUUAUCGGCUUGGAUCAAAUUGCUUGCUGCUUGAAGAGCUUGAUCUUACCGAUUGCUCUGGCAUGAAUGACACAGCACUCAAAUAUCUAUCGAGGUGUUCAGAACUUGUAAGAUUGAAGUUAGGAUUAUGCACAAACAUAUCAGACAUAGGAUUGGCACACAUUGCUUUUAACUGCCCAAAAAUGUCUGAACUUGAUCUCUAUCGCUGUGUAUGUAUUGGAGAUGAUGGACUAGCAGGACUCGCAGAUAGAUGCAAGAAGUUGAUCAAGCUUAACGUGUCAUAUUGCAAAAGAAUUACAGACAGGGGGAUGGAGUAUAUCAGCCAUCUGGCUGAACUAUCUGAUCUGGAGAUGCGUGGGCUUUCAAGCAUUACAAGCAUUGGUGUAAAAGCAGUUGCAAUCGGAUGCACGAGAUUAGCUGAUUUAGAUUUGAAACAAUGCGAAAAAGUUGAUGAUUCAGGUUUUUGUGCCCUAGCUUUUUAUUCACAAAAUCUUCGGCAGAUAAAUAUGAGCUACUGCAACGUAUCAGACGUGGCGUUGUUCCUGCUUAUGGGUAACCUGAAACGGCUCCAGGACGCCAAACUGGUGCAUCUUGCUAAAGUCACCGUACAAGGAUUGGAACUUGCCCUUAGAGCUUGCUGUGGUAGGAUUAAGAAGGUCAAACUGCAGAGUUCUCUCAGGUUCUUGCUUUCCUCAGAAAUACUCGAGACAUUCCACGCACGUAGGAGCAAGAUCAGAUGGGAUUAGCCUCCACGCACGUAGGUGCAAGAUCAGAUGGGAUUAGCCUCGCCAUUCAAGUCACCGAUAAAACAUACUGUACUUGCUUUUCUUGGAAGUGAAAGUGACCUGCUUCAUUGCUAAUUUCUCUGGCAUUUUCUUGUUGUGGAACAAAUAGCAAAAGUAAAAGUAGAAAGUAGAAACACUUAUGUUGUUGCCAAUCUACUAAACAAAGCUAAAGCACGUUUAGUAAUAGUUCACUCCAGUAGAAAAUCAACGCUACGCAAUGCCAAAGUAACUUGGAUUGGAAUCUGUACCAAGUUUUCUACAGCUAGGAAGCAAAGAAUACUACUUUUGGAGAGCCUUCUUCUGUCUAUUUUAUAUAUUUAUCAAGGUGUAGACAAAUGACAAUAUGAACGAUCCUAGAAGUGUGUUUUAACUUUUAAUGUUAAUUUAA